CGCCGCCGCCACAGCAGCAGCAGCAGCCGCCGCCCCAGCGCCGCCGCCGCGCCCGGAGGAGGAGCCGCUGCCGCCGCGGGAGGGAGUUGCGGCUGUGCCCGGCCGAGCGGGGGAGGGCGCCGCGCUCAGAGCCGAGAAGGGAGCCGCCGGAGCGGGGAGCUCAGAGGCCGCGCUGCGCCGGGUAACCGAGGCGACGGAGGACGGUGAGGUGGCUUUGACCCCGGGUGGCCCGGCCAGCGCGACCGAGGAGGUGGCUGGACAGCUGGAGAAUGAACGGAGAAGCGGACUGUCCCACAGACCUGGAAAUGGCCGCCCCCAAAGGCCAAGACCGCUGGUCCCAAGAAGAUAUGCUGACUCUGCUGGAAUGCAUGAAGAACAAUCUCCCAUCCAACGACAGCUCCAAGUUCAAAACCACAGAGUCGCACAUGGAUUGGGAAAAAGUUGCAUUUAAGGAUUUUUCAGGAGAUAUGUGCAAGCUCAAAUGGGUGGAGAUUUCUAACGAGUUAAGGAAGUUCCGUACAUUGACAGAAUUGAUCCUCGAUGCUCAGGAACAUGUUAAAAACCCUUACAAAGGCAAAAAGCUCAAGAAACACCCCGAUUUUCCAAAGAAGCCUCUCACCCCGUACUUCCGCUUCUUCAUGGAGAAGCGGGCCAAGUACGCGAAGCUCCACCCGGAGAUGAGCAACCUGGACCUGACUAAGAUCCUGUCUAAGAAAUACAAGGAACUUCCAGAGAAGAAGAAGAUGAAAUAUAUUCAGGACUUCCAGAGGGAGAAACAGGAGUUCGAGCGAAACCUGGCCCGAUUCAGGGAGGAUCACCCUGACCUUAUCCAGAAUGCCAAGAAGUCGGACAUCCCCGAGAAGCCCAAAACUCCCCAGCAACUGUGGUACACCCACGAGAAGAAGGUGUAUCUCAAAGUGCGGCCGGAUGCCACUACGAAGGAGGUGAAGGACUCCCUGGGGAAGCAGUGGUCUCAGCUCUCGGACAAAAAGAGGCUGAAAUGGAUUCAUAAGGCCCUGGAGCAGCGGAAGGAGUACGAGGAGAUUAUGCGGGACUAUAUCCAGAAGCAUCCUGAGUUGAACAUCAGUGAGGAAGGCAUCACCAAGUCCACCCUCACCAAGGCCGAGCGCCAGCUCAAGGACAAGUUCGAUGGGCGACCCACCAAGCCGCCUCCGAACAGCUACUCCCUGUACUGUGCGGAGCUCAUGGCCAACAUGAAGGAUGUGCCCAGCACAGAGCGCAUGGUGCUAUGUAGCCAGCAAUGGAAGCUGCUCUCUCAGAAGGAGAAGGAUGCAUAUCACAAGAAAUGUGACCAGAAAAAGAAAGAUUAUGAGGUAGAGCUGCUGCGGUUCCUUGAGAGCUUGCCCGAGGAAGAGCAGCAGCGGGUUCUGGGGGAGGAGAAGAUGCUGAACAUCAAUAAGAAGCAGACCACCAGUCCGGCCUCCAAGAAGCCUUCACAGGAAGGUGGCAAGGGUGGCUCCGAGAAGCCCAAGCGGCCUGUGUCUGCUAUGUUCAUCUUCUCGGAGGAGAAGCGAAGGCAGCUACAGGAGGAACGACCUGAGCUCUCCGAAAGCGAACUGACCCGCCUGCUGGCCCGCAUGUGGAACGACUUGUCCGAGAAGAAGAAGGCUAAAUACAAGGCCCGGGAGGCUGCGCUAAAGGCGCAGUCUGAGAGGAAGCCGGGCGGGGAGCGUGAAGAUAGGGGCAAGCUGCCGGAGUCGCCCAAGAGAGCUGAGGAGAUCUGGCAGCAGAGUGUCAUCGGAGACUAUCUGGCCCGCUUCAAGAAUGACCGGGUGAAAGCCUUGAAAGCCAUGGAGAUGACUUGGAACAACAUGGAGAAGAAGGAGAAGCUGAUGUGGAUUAAGAAGGCAGCAGAAGACCAAAAACGAUAUGAGAGAGAGUUAAGUGAGAUGCGGGCCCCUCCAGCUGCUACAAACUCUUCCAAGAAGAUGAAGUUCCAGGGGGAGCCCAAGAAACCUCCUAUGAACGGUUACCAGAAGUUCUCCCAGGAGCUGCUGUCCAAUGGGGAGCUAAAUCACCUGCCACUGAAGGAGCGCAUGGUAGAGAUUGGCAGCCGCUGGCAGCGCAUCUCCCAGAGCCAGAAGGAGCACUAUAAGAAGCUAGCGGAGGAGCAGCAGAGGCAGUACAAGGUGCACUUGGACCUCUGGGUCAAGAGCCUGUCUCCCCAGGACCGCGCAGCGUACAAAGAAUACAUCUCCAACAAACGUAAGAACAUGACCAAGCUCCGAGGCCCAAACCCCAAGUCUAGCCGGACCACCCUGCAGUCUAAGUCGGAGUCUGAGGAGGAUGACGAUGAGGAGGAGGAGGACGACGAGGAGGAGGAGGAAGAGGAAGAUGAUGAGAACGGUGACUCUUCUGAGGACGGCGGGGACUCUUCUGAGUCCAGCAGUGAAGAUGAAAGCGAGGAUGGGGACGAGAAUGAUGAUGACGACGACGAUGAAGAUGACGAAGAUGACGAUGAUGAGGAUGAAGACAACGAGUCUGAGGGCAGUAGCUCCAGCUCUUCAUCCUCAGGGGACUCUUCGGAUUCUGACUCCAACUGAGGCUCAGCCUCCACCCCAGGCAGGCAGGCAGGCAGGCAGGCAGGCAGGCAGGCAGGCAGGCAGGCAGCCAAGGAGAGCCCCUGCAGAGCUCACCUCCCCAACUGACAACCUUUGUCUCUCCCUAUGUUCUGUCCGAUACCCUCCAGACUCCCCCACUUUCUUUCCUUUUUUUUUUAAAUCAGUGGGGGGUAGGAGGCUGCAUGAGCCCAGGCUAGGACUCUGCAGCCUUGGAGCCUCAGCUCCAGGGUUCUCCAGGGACAGCAACCAUCAGACUGAGCCAGCGCUGGACCGGCCCACCCCGCCCCUCUUCUGCAUUUGCAGUUCCNGCAUGGACAAUGGACUGGGGAGUUUGGGGGUGGGAGAGAGUCUUAAAAGAGUUUGGUGAGGCCCUCCACACCUGCAGCCUGCAGCAAGGUGGAUGUUCGGGGGGGCCUUUCCUUCCCAGAUGGGCUUGCUACCUGGACCCCCCACAUUGAACUGGAGGGAGACAAGGGUGCUGCCUUCAAGAAAGCAGGCAAUGGCCCUGUCCCUCUUCCCUGCCCCUGCAGGAAGGAGCUGCCUGGACCCGUUCGUGGGGGAGGGGCAGAGUGUUUUUUUAUAUAUGUGUAUAUAUUUUUUUUUUAAGCUCUGAGCUGUCAACGAGACGUUUCCUACCGAU